UGUCGGACACGACGUACAACGAUACGACCCGGAUUUCGCGCACAACCUUCGACACGAAAUAUUAAAUGGGAAACUUUUACUUUCGCGCAAGACAAUAAAACUGAUAACGCUUCUGUGUUUUUGUGUGUGAGUGUUAGUGCAUAGAGUAAGCUAUGGUGAGGGAUUAGUAUUUUUAUGGCCAAAGGAGACAAUUUUGCAAAAUGUUUUUGUGUGUAUGUCUCGUUAUUUGGAGCGCUGCCUUCGUACCGGCUCAGGCCCAAGGUGAUAGGCGAUGUGGUCACCCUGCAGUGCCCCCAAAUGCAAGAGUCUCACUAUCAAGUGACACAGAUAUAGUGCCGGGUACAGUUGCUAAAUAUGAGUGCGACGAAGGGUACGAAUUGUUCGGAGCUCAGCAAAGGGAGUGUACACUGAGAGGAGACUGGACCGCGGAACCCCCAUUUUGUGGGACAAACGUUGCCUUCAGAAAGCCUGCAAACCAGUCGACAACAGUACGUGGAGGUGGUGCUGGUAACGGCAACGAUGGCGAGAAGACCACGGAGCAUGAUGGCAAGAGAUGUACAGAAACUCAACGCGAGGCGUCUCCGUGGUGGCAGGUCGACUUGUUGAGACACUACGCUGUAAAAGUUGUUAGAGUUACAACGAGAGGAUGCUGCGGACACCAACCACUUCAGGACUUGGAGAUUCGAGUUGGCAACAGUAGUUCAGACUUGCAGCGGAAUCCCCUUUGUGCUUGGUUCCCGGGCACUAUCGAUGAGGGUGUUACCAAGACAUUCACCUGUGCUCGACCUUUGAUUGGUCAGUUUGUAUUUCUGCAACUAGUCGGUGUGGAAGGAUCAUUAUCGCUGUGCGAAGUCGAGGUCUUUACAACUGAAGAAUUCUCUAACGACCGGUGUGCACCUGCCGGGGCAUCGGCUGAUAUCGAGCUAGCAGCUUUUUCAAGAAACUGCUAUGAGUUUAAUGUAGCUAAAGGGGCUUCGUUUCAUGAUGCAAGAAAACAAUGCCAAGCGCAUGGAGGAGACUUGAUACACGGCUUUCAGGGCGCUACUUCAAGCUACUUAUUACAAGAGCUAGAACGAAGAAAAUCGCAACUAAAGACUCAGCUAGUCUGGAUCGGGGCUCAAAAGGAACCUGGUCUUACUUCCAGGACAUGGAGAUGGAUUGAUGGUGAAACAGUUUUAAAGCCGACGUGGGGUAAAGACCAGCCAAACAACUACAACGGGGAGCAGAACUGUGUGGUGCUGGACGGAGGGCGCGCGUGGCUCUGGAACGAUGUGGGCUGCAACCUGGAUUACCUCCACUGGAUCUGCCAGUACCUGCCGCCUUCUUGUGGGAGUCCUGAUAAACUUUUGAACACAACAAUUGAAGGAAACAACUAUAAUGUCGGAUCAUCUAUAGCGUACAGAUGUCCUGAAGGACACAUGUUGAUUGGUGAUAAAACGAGAGAAUGCAAAAAGGAUGGUUUUUGGUCCGGAGCUCCACCGAGCUGUAAAUAUGUAAAUUGCGGUGGAUUGGCUUCGAUCCAGGAUGGUGAAGUUAGUUUAGUGGACGGAAGGACCACACAUGGAGCAAAGGCUUUAUACUCAUGUCGCGAAAACCACACUCUUGUUGGCGAACCAGAGAGGCAGUGUGGUGACCAAGGUGUCUGGGAUGGUGAAGCUCCUAAGUGCCUUUUCGACUGGUGUCCAGAACCACCUCCUGUAUCAGGAGCUAUAGUCUCGGUUAAUGGACAUAAGGCUGGCUCACUCGCUGUAUACAGCUGCCAAAAUGGAUUCAUACUCUUUGGACAAGCGAGCGUAAGCUGUCAACUUGGUGGGAUUUGGUCGGGAACGCCACCGUCUUGUAAAUAUGUGGACUGUGGAACGCCAGCACAAAUCUACAAAGGCUCUUUCAGCUUACUGAAUGGUACAACAACCUAUGGCUCCAUAGCUCAGUUCAGUUGCGACCAAGACUACUGGUUGUCGGGCGCAGAAGUACUAACCUGCAAUAGAGAUGGAAAAUGGUCGCAUGAUACACCUUCCUGUGAACUAAUAUCUUGUUCAGAUCCUGAAGUUCCAGCAGGUGGUUACAUGGAAGCUUACGAUUACAAUAUUCACUCAACAAUCGACUUCCACUGCGAAAAGGGGCACAAGUUAGUUGGUGAAUCUAGCUUAACUUGUCAGCAAGAUGGCGAAUGGUCUGGGGAAUCACCCAAGUGUGAAUAUGUGGAUUGUGGAAAGCUACCAGCACUUCCAUAUGGUACAGCAGAGCUCAUUAAUGGCACAACACACCUGGGAAGUGUGAUCCAAUACUCUUGUACAACCAACUACCGGCUUGUGGGGCCCGUGAGACGAAUGUGCACAGAUAGUUAUCAAUGGACUGAUAACGCACCAAGAUGUGAAGAAAUACGUUGCCCCGAGCCAAUUGUAACAGAGAACGGUAUUGUAUCUGUCACCGGUAAUGAUCGAAUGCACGGCCGGACUCUCAUUCGCACCGCAACGACGACAAACAAUGGCUACACGUAUCGCAUCGGAGCGCUUGUGAAGUAUCGCUGCGAAAGAGGCUACAAAGUCAUCGGAGAGAGCCUCUCAACCUGUGAAGAUAAUGGUCAAUGGAGUGGCAUGACUCCACGUUGCCAAUAUGUAGACUGCGGUAAUCCAGAUCGUCUACAUAACGGUAAAGUGACACUUGCUACCAACGCGACUUACUACGGCGCUGCUGCUCUCUACGAAUGCGACGAGCACUGGCAACUGGAUGGAGUUUCGAGAAGACUUUGUCAAGACAACGGAACUUGGAGUUCUGAAGCACCUGUGUGUAAAGAAAUCACUUGCAACGAUCCAUCGAUUCAAAUAAAGGGAAGUGCAGGACUACUUGUGGUGACUUCGACGCUGAGUAUUCGCGGUGAGGCCCAUUAUCGAUGUGAGAGAGGGUACAGCUUGAAGGGCAACCAGACUCGCACUUGCCUACCAAAGGGACAAUGGAGCGGAACACCACCUGCUUGCAUCCCAAUUGAUUGCAAGUCACCAGGCACGAUGGAGAAUGGCCGCAUCAUUAUCUCAAACAGUUCGACGCUAUUUGGAAGUUCUAUUGAAUACCACUGUCUACCCCAGUAUCAGAGAGUUGGUCCAUUUUUGCGUAAAUGUUUAGACGACGGCAAAUGGUCGGGAGAAGAACCGAAAUGCGAGUUAGCAAAGAAUGAGGCCGCUGAAAAUGGAGCGCUACCAUUGAGCGUUGGUGUUGGAUGUGGAGUAGUAUUAUUCCUACUGAUGUUGCUGGGAGUUGUGUAUUUACGACUGCGGAAAGCAACUCCGGUAAAAAAUACGGAAAACAUUGAAGGAGCAGAGAGGAAGGAAGAUCAAAACGCAGCUGUAAUGAGCUAUGCGACGUUACACGAUACAAACGGUAGACAUAUAUACGACCAUGUUACCGAUAAUCUUUACGACUCACCCUACAGCGAGAGUCACGCGGAAAAUACUGCUUAUGGAAGAAGAAGUGACACUGAUUCCGCAUAUGAACCCGAACCAACGGGACCCAGUGCGGUUGUCACUAUAAAUGGCGUUGCUGUUCGUUAAAUUACGAUUUAUUAAAAAAAAAAUGCAACAAAAUGUUGUAAUUUGUUUAACAAGUGAUUAUUUAAGGCCGAGUGUUUGUAUUCUUUAAGAAAAAAGUCCAACAACAAAUAGUAUAUAUUCACAUUCGAUGAAAAUGUUGUAAAAUUUUAGAAGCAUUUCUGCUUGAGAUUUUAGGCAGUUGGUAUGCUAUAUAUGUUGCAUGAUGACCAAUAUUAUAUAAUUAAAACAUGUCUUUGUCACAGUCUUUUCUCUGUGGGGAGUAAUAAAUCCAUGUUAUCACUAUUAUUAGGUAGAGAUCUUACUGCAACGCAUUUCUGUAUAAUUCAAGAAAACAACAAAUCGAGUGGCCAUGUGUUUACUAUAGACAAAUAAUGAAAGUCCUCACUGAUCUUUGGGCAAAGACCAUACUCUAAUUUUAAAGGCUGGCAACUAUUUAGACCUCUUGUACUGCAGAUAUCUUAUAGCGGUAGUUUUCACUUGCCAUCACUUGAGCAACUUGCCCGUUUACUGAUUUUAUUUUUAAAAAUGGGCUGAGUUUUGGGUUUGCGACCGUUAUUAUCUCCCUCUAGAACUGUUAUUACACCUUGCCAUGCAUUGUCUUUAUCUAUGUAUCGCAAAAAGUUUUAAUCGCACAGCUGCUUUCUGUUUCUGGAGAGGGAUCUAUUAGAAUCAAGUACGUACAUUUACUAUUGCUAUUCUUUGUUGCAACUAUACAUUGAAUUAAUAAUUUCACUCAGGUACCUUUCCAAUUGUUACCACAUCAUCGGUACUAAGUGUUCAAAAGAAAGUAGUUUUAAUAAUAGUAUUAGUUGUUAAUAUUGUCUAAUUGAUUUGCGAUCUUAUAGAAUAACCAACACUUACUAGGUAUUUAACCAAAGAUGUAAAAAGAGUUGGAAUUUGUAAAAAUACGUAAUGAUUGUAUGAUUUAGUUAAUUUUGAAACAAAAAUUCAUGCAUUGUUGUCAAUAAAAUAAUGUCUUUUUUAAUUUAACAUCAAUUGUAUUUAAAUACGUUUGUAAAUAAAAAAAUAUUAUACGAAUUGUUUUAUACAACGACAAAAAUUUUCAAUAAACUGGCCCGGUUUGAUUGAUCUUGCCAAAAUAAGAUAGAUCACAACACUAAUAUUUUUCGUAUUAAUAUUGUAUGUUAAUAACUAAAGUACUUGUAACAACUAAAUACUUCUUAACUGCAAUAAUAUUACGAACUUAUUUACCUUUUAAAUGAAUGGUUGAAAUAUACUUUGGUAAAUACAAGAAAUAGAUAGAUUCAAAAGAACUUAGUUAUUCAUAAUUAUCGAUUUUGCCUAAUGGCAGAUAUUACCAGGCAGAGUUAUUUGAUCAUCUCUUAACAUAUAACUUAUGUUAAACAAUAUGUAGGAAUAAGUUAGUUGUAUAAUAUUAGAAAAAAAUAUUGUUUUCUACGUAACAGUAAUUAUGAGAGGAUCCGGAAGCCAACAUUUCAAAAUUGUUGCAUUUUGUCAAUGAUGGUCCCAAAAGCGAUUUUGUAUUGUGGUUUUAAUUAUUGUAAUGCUUAGAUUUAUACGUCUAGAAUCUAGUUAGAGUCUCUUGCAGUUAGACAACCGACAAAAACAGGCCAGGAAUAUAAGUUUAGUGUGCGUGACAACUACGUCUUACAAUUGCGAUUUGUAUGACACUUUGUGUUAGUGUUUUUCAUUUUUUUCGGCGUUUUCAAUUCUGUCAUAGUCUAUCUAGACGUAUAAAUGUUCUAAGUUAUAAUGCAACAAUCAUUUAAUAUCAAGACAUGAUGGAUUAAAAAUAGAGACAUAAACAUGCAGAGAUUUGAAAAGCAACAGUAGAAUUCUUAUCGAAAGAUCCUAUUAGAGUAAUAUAAUUUUUUUACGUUUUGAUAAGUUAAAUUUUGUUUUCGUAUCAAGCCUUAAUUUCAGCUAAUAUUAAUUCUACAAUUAUAAACAUAAGUCUAAAGCAAACGUUUCUAGCGGUCUUUUUAAAUAAAACGGAAAUUGUGUUUCGCGGUACGUCUUUGUGUACAAAAAUAAUUCUGUUAUUACCGCAUAAGUGUAAGUUGAAAUAAAAACCUUUUGUACGUUUGUAUUUCCUAGUGAGUCUAAGCCUUAAAUUGAAAUUUAUAUUUUAUUGUUAUAAUAUAUGAGAAAAAUUUGUAUGUAUUUAUUUUUGUACAUUUAUAAGUUUCGCUAGAUUUAUCCUAGAUUUGAUGCCAAAAUAAGUAUUGUUGCUUUUUCUAGGUUUUACGAACCUAAUAUAAUUUUUAAAUUUAGCAUAUGUAUGUAUGUAAUACGGCACUUUAUAACGAUAUAACAUAUUUUAGUAAUAAGACAAAUUGAAAUUUUUAGGAUAAUAUCUUUAAGAUUAAGAUUUAGUUAAGUAACUGUUUUAUAUUGUGUACGUCUUUUUUAAAUGGUUGGUAUUUAUGGAAUGUAAAUAGAUGUCGUGAAACGCCAUACAUAACUUUCAGUUUUGUAUGCCAAUAAAGUAUGCCUAUUUU